UAAACCGAAAAUCAGACCGAUAGGUCCUGAAAUCAUGGAACCACGAGUUAUCCUUAAAGUCCCUUCUUCUUCCCUCCUUCCGAGCUCGUCUGGAGUGUCAGACAGAACUCUGCGUUUCUCUCUUUACACCAGCCACCAGAGUACAAGGGGGCGCCAAAGAGGCGACGUCUGUCUUAGCUUCUUGCUUGUGAAUGAUGACAAUGCAGACAAUCGUCCACAACCUCGCGUUUUGUAGCUUCAACUCUGCCAUAAUAGAACGGAAACCAACAAGACUUCAUCUUUCUUCUUUUGUAACUCUUCCUUCAACUUUCUCAAUUCAUCCAAGAUUCUGCACAAGGGCAACGAAUAAACAGUUCGUCGCAGUUUGUGCAGCACCAUCAGAUGUUGAGACUUCUUCUAAGGAUGAAUCAGUUUUGAUUACGAAAGUGGAGACCGGAAACAGCAACGAAGUCAAGGUGCAUGUUGAAGUCUCCGGAGAGAAGACUCAAACAGUCUUCAACAUUGUCUUUGAUAAAAUGGUUGCUGCAGCUCAGCCAAUCCCAGGUUUCCGAAGAGUUAAAGGAGGGAAGACCCCAGAUAUACCCAGAGAAAUUUUGUUAGAGAUCCUUGGAUAUUCUAAAGUCUAUAGACAGGUGAUCAAGAAGCUAAUCAACUCUGCUAUCGAUGACUAUGUUAAACAGGAAGACCUAAAGGUUGGCAAAGAGUUGUCUGUUGAGCAAAGCUAUGAAGAUCUUGAAGAAACAUUUGAACCAGGCGAAAGUUUCAGCUUUGAUGCUACUAUCAAGCUUCAAGAAGUGAGCUGAACGAAUGUUGUUGAACCCUAGGUACUUAUCAAUGUGAUUUGUCAUUCUACCUUGUCUGGUAACAGUUCUUGUUGAGUAGGAAAGGAUAAUCUCAGUUGGAUUGAGCUUUGUGGUAAUAAAGUUUGAAAAAUUCAGUA